AUGAGCACUACAACAACAAAAGAUGAUUCUAAAAAAGUAAAGAGUUAUAAUAAACCACAUAACAGUACAAAUAGAGGUAGAAAAACCGAUUGGAAAAAGAAGAAAGAGAUCAAUAAAGAGAAAAGACAAGCACCUUUCAGAGCGCUGCAAGCAGAGAUCGAACAGAUUAAAAAGAGAAUAGAAGAUGAGCAACCACAAAGAGGUUCAAAUCCACUUGCAAAUACAAAAGAGGAAUUAGUUGAAAAUAAUGAAACUAAAGAUUAUAAAGUAUCAUAUACCACUGCAAGACAAUUUAAAGAUCUACCAAUCUCUGCGAAAUCAAUACAGGCUUUGGAAUGGGGAAAGUUUAACAAAAUGACAGAUAUUCAAAGAGCUGCCAUUCCACAUGCUCUCUGUGGCCGUGAUGUCUUGGGUGCCGCUAAAACUGGUUCAGGUAAAACAUUAGCAUUCAUUGUACCUAUGUUGGAGUUAUUAUGGAGAAAUAAUUGGACUGAAAACGAUGGUGUAGGUGCAAUUAUUUUGGCACCGACAAGAGAGUUGGCCAUUCAGAUAUUCGAAGUGUUGAGAAUUGCAGGUAAAACACAUUCAUUCUCGGCCGGUUUGAUUAUCGGUGGUAAGGACGUCGCCGGUGAGAAGAAAAAGAUUGGCACAAUGAAUAUCUUGAUUGCUACACCGGGUCGUCUGUUGCAACACAUGGACGAAACCGAUGGAUUCCAAUGUUCGAAUCUACAGAUGUUGAUCUUGGACGAAGCCGAUCGUAUUUUGGAUAUGGGAUUCUCAAAGUCGUUGAACGCAAUCAUUUCGAACCUCCCGAAAGCAAGACAAACCCUGUUGUUCUCAGCUACUCAGACUAAAUCCAUCAAGGAUCUCGCUAGACUCUCAUUGAAAGAUCCAGAGUAUAUCUCUGUCUAUGACAAAGAUCAAGUUUCAACACCAAAGAAUCUUCAACAAACCAUCUGUGUGACUGCACUCGACAAGAAGAUCGAUCUUCUCUAUUCAUUCAUAAAAACACAUCUCACCAGUAAAACAAUUGUUUUCCUAUCGACUUGUAAACAAGUUAGAUUUAUGUAUGAAAUGUUUAAAUUAUGUAAUCCAGGAUGUAGAUUAUUCCAAUUGCAUGGAAAGAUGAAGCAAUGGACGAGAUUGGAAGUGUUCCAAAACUUUUCACAUUUCUCAGAGGGUACACUGUUUGCUACUGAUGUGGCGGCGAGAGGUCUUGAUUUCCCAGAGGUUGACUGGGUCGUUCAGAUGGACUGUCCAGAGGAUAUUCAAACAUAUAUUCAUCGUGUAGGUAGAACUGCGCGUUACCACCAGGGUGGAAAGUCAUUCACUGUGUUGUUGCCGUCGGAGAAGGAGGAGUUCACCAAGUUGAUGGAUAAACAAAAGAUUAAAUACGAUAUUAUGGAUGCCAAUCCGAAUCAGUUGGUCACCAUACAAGCACAGCUCGCUGGUUUUCUCUCGGAGAAACCGGAACACAAGUACUUGGCGCAGAAGGCAUUCGUUUCCUACUUGAAGUCACUGCAUCGUCAGGAGAAUAAGAAUAUGUUUAAGUUGGAGGAGUUGAAUCUCGCCGAUUUCUCAAAGAGUAUGGGUUUGCCAGGUGCUCCAAAGAUCCAGUUUGGCACCGGUGGAAUCAAGACCGAUAAGAACACUCCGUAUAUGCUGGCCGACAUCAAGAAGAAGGAAGCUGAGAAGAAGAAGAAGUUGGCAGCCGGUGAGAAGGUGGCUGAUGACGAUGUCGAGGAUGAAGCCGACAAGAAGUAUGGAUCGAAAUUGAAGGACGACGAUGUGGAGUCGGACGAGGAUGAGGUCAUCAAUGCAAAGAAACAGUUGACCAAGGUAGAGAAGUUGUUUAUGAGAAAGAAUUCCAAUGUUUUGUCGGACAAGUACGAGCGAUUCAGAGACAAGACCAAACAGGAGGAUGACGACGACGUCUUUGUAAUCAAGAGAAAGGAUCAUGAUAUUGAGGGUGCCGAUGAGGACAGCAUUGGCGAGGGUCUGACAAAGAGAAAGCAAAACAAGAUCAAAAAGAAGUUGGAUUUGGGAUACGAGUCCGAUAUGAAGUUGGUAGAAUCUACUCUUGUUCCAAAAGAUGGAUCACUUCCAACUGAAUACCUCCAGAAACUCAAGCAAAAGAUGGCAGAAGAAGAUGUCAAAGAUAAGGAUGUCCACAAAGAGAAGCGUAGAUUAAAGAGACAAAUCGAAAAGGAGAAGGAAGCUGGUGUCAAAUCAAGUGAUAGAACUGUAGCUUACUUUGUACCACCAGAAGAUCAAGAAGAAGAAGAAGAUGGUGAUGAUGAUGAAGAUCAAGAUGAAGAUGAAAAUCAAUCAGACGAUGAUGAAGAAUAUGACGAUGAAGAUGACGAUGAUCAAGAAGAAUCAGAACAAGAAGAAGAAGAAGAAGAAGAGAAACCAAUUAAGAAUCAAAAUAAUAAGAGAACAAAGGAAGUUUCAAUUGAAGAUCAAGAAGAUUUGGCACUUAAACUUUUAGCUAAAAAGAAAAGAGGAAUAUAA